GUACGACUGAGGACAGGCACGAAAUCGAAGGGGAAGACCGUGGGAACCAGCUUCGAUAUCGUCCACCCAAUUCUUUUGACGAAUAGCAGGGAGGACGACAAUUGCAGAUGGCGUUCGUAUCGGAGCGACUGGAGGCUCAGCUUCGCGCACUCAACGGAGUCUUCCACUUGGACGCAGACCACGAUGAUCUAAGCGACGCAUUCCGCACUUUGUUCGGGUCAGCCGGCGCGGAAGUGGCGGCGAGCGUCGAGUAUGCAGUGGACAGCACCAGAGGAGUGGAGGAGACGCAGGAGGCAUGGCCUGAACCCAUCCGACUGCUCUGGCAUGCGUUGCUUUCGCAACCGCUCGUUCCCACGGUCGGACGACACGCAGACGCUGGCGACCAAGGGGAAGACGGUCUGCCAACAUUACAGCAAAUCGAACGGCUGUUCUCUCAAGUGCACAAGGGUGUCUAUGGAAGAGAGUUACGGAGAGAUUCAGGAGGAAAAUCAGGACUGACGGGCGAGUCUGCUGUCCUUCCCCAGGGACAUUAUCCGCUUGCAGAGUUGGCGUUCCUCUCCAAGAUAGCGGCGGUACUGCAGGCGACGUUGUUGCAGCGUCUGCUGGUGUCAUCCACGAGAUGGCCGCCAGACAUCGCGUACUGGCAAGAUCAGCAAAUGUCCACCAGCAAAACCAUCUACUACAUUCUGUCGAUGCUUCCUCAACAGAUCUCUCGCUAUUUGCAUCUCCUGUAUGAAUACACUCGCGCAACCACCCAUUCGUCAAUCCGUCCCCAGUUCCUCUUGUUCUCCGAUCGUCUGAAUGCAAAGCUUCGUCGAAACUUUUUCGAAAGGGCCGCCCUUCUUCCAACGACGCUCACAACAACGGCUUUCUUGGGACUACCUGGUCGAUUGCUAGCACUGACGCGUCGACCACUGUUGCUGGAUCUCGCAAGGAGAGAGAUCAGGUUCAAGGCAGAAAAGCUGGAGAGGAUCCGGGAGACCCAAGCCGCAUGUCUGGGUUUGCUGGCCGAGGAGGAUUUCAGCAACGAGCAGCGUCUUAACAUCUUGACCAAAUCGCUGGCCGGCGGCCUUAGCCGAGAGCAGGCCAUGUUGGAAGCCGCGGAGCGCAUUCAAGCUGAGUUGUCUCGGUCGCUCCUCCUCAUGGAAGCUAUUGUAUAUCGGAUGCAUGCCAUGGCAGACAAUCUGUCGUCGGAUGGGGAGUUAGCUUUGGCCGAUGUCUCCGAUCUACGAGCCCGCGUCGCAGACAUAUCAACCAUACCCAUCCCUCAACUCUACCGCCGCACAACCGCUGUCAUAUCUGCUAUCCAAACACUCGACUCCGUCUUCGACCGUCUUCGCCGAACUUACGGUCGCCCCUCCCACGCAACCCGUUACUGGCUCCCCACCGUCGUCAUUUCAGUGGCCGCGUACGUCGGUGGAAAGACACUAGCCGUCAGGUGGGACGACGUGGUGGCGUGGGCUACGGAUGCGAGGGAGACUGCGAAGAGCUUUUGCGUAGAGUGGAUCGCGAAGCCUUUGGAUAAUAUAUAUAAGACGGUUAGGCAUAAGGAAGCGAGGCUUGCUAUUAGCUCGGGGGAUUCGUUGAAUGCGGAUUUGCAGUCCCUCGAGAAAAUGGUGGUGGAGUACGCUCGAGACCAUGGCAUAUUAGACCCUUCUGAGAUUCAGCGGGUAGCCGAUCAAGCACAGAAAGGCGAUCUCUCUGUUGUUCUGCAGGCGUAUGCCGAGGAGAUAAAAUCCCCGAUCAAGAAUGCGAUUUCAGGCGACCUAAUCCGCGCCCUCCUAAUUCAAGUCCAAAAAGCCAAAGUAGACGGCGAGCUGGCGAUCGACGCCCUCGACAAACUGCUCCGCUCCAACGAACUCAAUUUCGCGUUCCUGGCAGUCACUCCCUCGUUGUUUUUGACCUGGCUCCUGUUUUCGAAAUUGGGAACGCUGCUGGGCGCGGGGAAGGAGAAGAAAAGGAGGAAGACUUAUGAGUAUAUCCGGGCUAGCUUGAGAAACGUCGACAGACUCCUCGCCCAAAGCAUUCCCCCCAUCUCCUUCCCUCCCGACUCCACACACCACACGCCCACAACGCCCGUCCCCUACAAAUCCCACGGCCUCCUCCUAUGCGAGCUCUACCUGCUCCGCAAAUACGCACCCCGCGUCACGCGCCGCGAAGGGUUCCGACAGCGGUUUGUGGAGGAUUUGCGGGAUUUGGAGAGCGGUGGCAGUUUUACUCUGGUUGAAAGAAGAGAGGAUGGGGAUGGGGAUGAGGGUGGGCAGGAGGAGGAGGGCAGGAGGAGGGAGGUGCAGACGAAUGUUGCGGGGAAGAUGUUGAUUGUGCAGAGAAUGUGGAGGACUUAUCCUUUUGUUAGGGGGGAGUGAGUGGAUAUGAAGCCGAUGCUGUUGUGCAGUGGGGUUAGGGUUAUAGCUGUGCAGGUUAGGGUUAAGAGUAGAAAAGACCAGUGGGAAGACGACGGCUUCGCACAGUGGUACCCCCAUUUCCUAUACCUUUUUCUAUACACAAUCCACAAUUCACCAUUCUAUAUAUGAUCUGACCAUCGACGGCUACUUGCGAUCGCGCGCACAACAGAUGCGUGUAGUGGGCAUGA